GUGCGUUGAUGUUUAGGAAGUCGGAGAGAGAGGAAGCGGGACUAAGUUGCGGAGUCACUUAAUUCAGAGAGGGAGGGGAGUAGGCUAUAAGGGGAGACAAAAAAUGUUUUCAGUAAAUACUCAUGACCAACCCAGUACUCUGGAGUGUUUUGCUUUUAGAAGGGUAUAGGGCUCGUGAAUAAGUCAUAGAAACGAGUUUUCUACAACACGAUAAACUUUUUCCAAACAUCCUGCGUUUUUUGAAGAAAAACAACUGAAAGCAGCCAUGGCGCCCUCUCUCCUCCAGGCCUACAGGAGGCGCUGGUGGAUGGCAGUGACGGCGGUGUUGGAAAACCUGCUGUGUUCUGCCGUGUUGCUGGGAUGGGGCUCCCUGCUCAUCAUGCUGAAGGGGGAGGGAUUCUACUCGCACAUCUGCUCAGAGAACGACACCACUGCCCACAUGCAUUCGCUGGGCAACCUGUCUUCCUGGGAGAGUGGUGAGUGGGUCAGCUGUGUAGAGCAGGAGGAGAUGCUCAACCUGGGCUUCACCAUUGGCUCGUUCCUCCUCAGCGCCGCCACCCUGCCCCUGGGCAUCCUCAUGGACAAGUAUGGCCCACGCCCCCUACGCCUCCUGGGCAGCUUUUGUUUUGGUUUUUCCUGUGCCAUGAUGUCAGUGUCAGCAUAUCAUCCUCAUCAACUCUCAGCUCUUAUUUUCCUGGCCCUCUCCUUCAACGGCUUUGGGGGAAUUUGCUUGACCUUCACUUCCCUCACGCUUCCCAACAUGUUCGGCAGUCUGAGCUCCACCGUCAUGUCCCUGAUGAUCGGCUCCUACGCCUCCUCCGCCGUCACUUUCCCGGGAGUCAAGUUGAUUUAUGACGCGGGCGUGUCGUUCCGGGUGAUCAUGUGGGUAUGGGCGGGUGUGGCCAGCCUCGUCUUCCUCAACUGCUUUGUCAACUGGCCAGCGGAGACUUUCCCCUCAGUGGACCAGGUGGACUACAGCAAGAAGUUAGCGCUGACGGCUGUGUCCGGGGAGCAGAAGGGUGUGGGAGAGAGGCUGAGUCAGAAGAAUGGAGACCUGGAAGACGACCUGAAACACUCCAUUGAGAAACUCCCAGCAGACCCUAAGAAUUCCGUCCCGUUCCGUAAAUCUGUGUUUUCGCCUAUCUUCCUGUGGAGUCUGAUCACCAUGGGGAUAACUCAGCUUAGGAUUAUUUUCUUUAUGGGGGCCAUGAACAAGAUGCUGGAGUACCUCGUCACUCAUGGCAACCCUCAGUCUACUGAAGAGGCAAAAGAUAAAGUGAGUGUCUACUCGUCCAUCUUCGGCACCCUGCAGCUGCUUUGUCUGGUGACCUGCCCUCUGAUUGGCUACAUUAUGGACUGGAGAAUGAAGGAGUGUGUGGACGACACCAGCAAAGAUGCAGAGAUGGAGAAGAGACCUGCAGCCGGGCCGAGCCGGAACAAGAAGAUCCAGAAAAUCACCAAUGCCAUGAGGGCGUUCACAUUCACCAACCUGCUACUGGUGGUCUUUGGAAUCUGCUGUUUGAUAGAUAGCCUGCCCCUCCAGAUCCUGACCUUCAUCCUCCACACCAUGGUCAGAGGGUUCAUCCACUCCUGCUGUGGGGGCCUUUAUGCUGCCGUGUACCCCUCUAACCACUUCGGUACUCUGACUGGUCUGCAGUCGAUGAUCAGUGCAGUGAUCGCCCUGCUCCAGCAGCCCCUCUUCAUCGCCAUGUUGGGACCCCUGAAAGGAAAUCCCUACUUGAUCAACUUGGCUCUGAUCAUUGUCUCAUUGGCUGGCUUCCUGUUGCCUGGAUACCUGUUCCACCAUUGCAGACACCUAAUCCAGGAGAUAAAGACUCAGGAGAAGAAUACCACUGGCCAAGAGACAGAGGCCCUCAACCACUCAGAGCCCAACGGAAUCAAACCCCAAAGCAAUGGUCACAGCAUCCAGGAAGCAUAGGAAGUGGUUCUGGAGUAGAGCUAAGGAUCAUGGGAACUGUAGGAAGUCCCUGGUAUCUCCCAAAGAACAACCACCAGAAUAUCGUCAAGUUUUUUUUUUAGAGCAUUGUUAGAAUUUGCUGUUUUCGUUUACUUUAUUUUCCAAAGCUACAGAAUUUCACACCCUUAACCACACAUUUGUCAUAACUUGAAGUAAGACAUUAGGUAAUAGAGUAGCUUUAACUGUAAUGUCUUUAUAAGAAUUAGUCUGCAUUAUUCUAUGCAAUUAUUUCAAAGUGUAUUUAUUUGGGUUCAGUUCAAAAUAUCAAAAUGACUUGUUAAAAAGCCCCAAUCAGACCCCUCCCUCAUGUUGCAAGGGGUGUUAGACCAUAACAUUUAUGGAAUGAAUGACAUUUCAGUCUUAUUAUUGUCAAUGACAGAAAAGAACAUACACAAUUCCAAAGAAUGACAUUCAAGUCAUUUUGAUUGUGAAGCUUCUUUUAAACCUAAAGAUAACAAGUCAUGAUGUGUGUCUUUUGACAUAACUCUAGGUAUCAGUCUGAAAAAUAAUGAAAAUGAAAGUGUGAAAAACAUAGUUAUUAGGUUUUAGGUCAGGGUCAUGCCAAUCACCCGAUUGAGGAGAGUUUGCUGGCAUGUGUAUUGCUGUCAUAUUUUUCAGAGAAUAUUUCUCUUGUUGCAUACAUACAGACAGACGGAAAGACAGAUAUAGACAUGCAGACAGACUGACAGACAGACACACAUGUUGUUUUGAUCUUGCAUGUUCACACACAAGACUGUAGAGAAACUAACUUCCUCUUUGAUUUCCUGAAUAUCUCUACAAUCAAGGACCAUUUGUGUGGUUGUGAUUUUUGUGUGAGCAGGGCUGUCUUUCCAUUGGUCAGUUUGUCAUCCACUAUACGCCAAAUAUUGAGAUAUUCUACACCUGGAUUGUUUAAUAAUAAUUUAGCCAUUCAGUCGUCCUCCAUCGAACUCUCACCUUUAUGGAUACGGUAAUUUUUUUAUAAGAAAAACAUGAAAUUGUGUGAAACUUGACUUGAGACAGAUUUUCAGUUGUUAACACAUAAAGGGGGCCUGGUGUGUCAGAUUUUUGUGAAGCCUUGUGCAAAGGAAUUAACUUUGUGUGUUUGUAAAACAUUCAUAUUUAAGUUUUUUUACUUUUUUCCUGUGUGUUUGUCCAAAAGAAGCUGUGUUAUUAGUGUUAGCUGAUGUAUUCCUUGUAGUGUCAUGAUUGACAUUUUAAUUGUGAAUUUCCAAUUUAAGAUUUUGCUGUGCUUUCCUCUAGCGGGUUAGAACUAAUCCUAUUCAAGGGAUCAGGAGUUUUUACCUCAAGACGACCCGACCAGGGGGAGCUCAGCACACUACCAAUGCAAAAGGUCCUGGCCUAGUAGACAGUUUUUGUAUAUAUAACCCUGUAGUUUUUUUCUCAUAUGCAAAUGCUUCUGGUGUAAUUAUCUGUACAUACCUUCAACGUCCCAAAGAGAUGUGUACUGUGUUAAACAUUUGAUAAUCUGAACAUAAGAAAUUGUCUGCUCCGUUUCUACCAUGCAGCUGUUAACGAUGUGAAUCAAUUCUGUACACUUAAGAUGUUGUUUUGCAUAAUGUAAGUGCCUUACCAGACCUCAUCGCCGUAGAAUUGAAUGUAGAGCUACAGCGACAGACAGUAUCAAACCUAACUUGGGAAACCAAAGCCAUGUUGAGAAUGUGGGAGCCUGUUUUAGUCGUUCUGUUUGUGUAUGGCAAAGCUGCAUUAAGCACACAGGUCAUUUGUGGAGUGCCUUACCUUAGCAGCAUUUGAUGAAAUGCAUUGAACACCCUCCCCACCGCGCUGCUGUUACAUAGCUUUGAUGUGUUUGAGUGUUAUUAUUUUUUCACUUGGGGAAUAUAGUUCGCUUCAAUUCAGCAAAAAUAAAUACAUGGUAAACUAC